AGUUCAUGCUCCUGAUCUGUAGGAGAUAUACGGGGCCCGAAGGUCUCAACAAUCAGUCUUCCAUGCCUUCCACUUAUUCGGCGUAGCUAUACUGAGAGUGAAAAUGGGCGCUCUCUUCAUCCUCAUAACAUCUUUACCUCUGCCUUCCCAGCUGACCCCCCCACAAUACCAAGAAUCAAUACAGUACUAGGGCCCGAGAUGCACAUCAUGGCUACCGGGCCUCACACUGGCGUUCACCCUAGAAUCGGUGCGGAGCUGAGUGCCAGUGGCGGCUUUUGCAGCGAAUUCUGCCCAGUUCGGUGUUGGUCAGGGGCUGAACCGUCUGGGAGAACAAACUCAGCUCCUGAAGAGACCGAUUUUAAGGGGCACGCUGAAGAGAUCCUCCUUCCUGAUUUCCUGAACCAUCGAUUAUUUGCGGUCUGGUCGUUCCUUUCUUUGCUGCACACAUCCACAUGCAAAAAAAAAAAAUUUGUGCUUGUUCUCAUCGAAAUAAAUACAUACCUUCUGUUUUACCCUGCAGGCUCACUUUACAUCAUCCGUCCCUGCUACUCAGUCGAUCCUUCGACUGCUGAUGGAGUAAAAAAUCAAUGGUGCGCAAAUGCGCGUAGCUACCGAGCCUCAUACUGGGCCCGAUCCGUGGAUUUGUGCACCAGAGUAGCAGCUAUGCAUCGAUCAUGCUCUGCCUCAUCAAGAGCAGAAACUUAUAUGACACCGACCCCCGAUUCCUCACGAUGGCACCAAUUUGCGCCAUCUGGUUCCGAUUACCACCGAAAUCCACACACAUACUCAUUAACAUGUUACUGAACGCAAAUUCUUUCGUAUGAUGCCGGCUUUCCAAAGCGGCGGAAUUAGGGCUUUAGGAAGGGGGUGGGGGUGGGGGUUUGUAACAUAUCCCGAUUCUUGGCCGCAUUCCUGCAAGUGCCGAAUGCGCAGAGUGCAAUGUUGAGCUACAUUGGUUGAUAAUUAAUCCAAAGUUCUGGAUGAACUUAUCAGCAACCGUCUGACAAUGAGAGCCAACUCAUAGAAAUGAUGGCACUUGAUCGUG